GAAUAAACAGAUGAAGGAUCAGUUUCCAGUUUUCUGUUUCCUGUUGGACAGAACAGCAGGAAAACGUUAAACUUUGACCCAAAGUGCCAGCAUUGUUAUCUGGAAAUGAUAAAUUUUCUACUUCAGCUGCAGGCGGCCGGGUCGGCGCUGCGGGUCCAUGCGGUCCGGUUCGGUCCGGGUCAGGAACUGCUGGGAUCGCUGCAGGCGUUUGUGGAAGAGCGACGACUCAGAGCGCCCUUCGUCAUCACCUGUGUGGGCAGCGUUACCAGGGCAACGCUCAGGCUAGCAAACGCCACGGCAACAAAUACUAACGAGGUCCUGCAGCUCAGCGGUCGCUAUGAGAUCGUCUCUCUGGUCGGGACGCUCAACAGCGACGCCCACCUCCACAUCAGCCUGGCGGACGCCCAGGGCGCCACAGUGGGCGGCCAUGUUCUGGGCGGCCUGGAGGUGUUCACCACCGCUGAGGUCGUCGUGGGCGACGCCGUCGACCUGCAUUUCAGCAGGGAGCCCGACCCGAGGACGGGCUUCCCCGAGCUGGUGGUUCUGACCCGAUCAGAGGUUGAGAGAGCCGCCUGAAGAGGGUUCCGGACCCGGACCCGGAACCGGUUCUGUCUGAUAAAAAUGUCCCUCAUUAAAUUGCUGUCAGCUUUCCGUAGCUGACCCAGAACCUGUGGCCAGCAAAUCAGAACCAGAAUCAGAACCAAUCGUUUGUAAACAGCGUUUCUGUGAAAUAAUUGACCUUUGACCCCAGCCUCUCUGUUCCUGCUGAGCUGUGAGCAGUUGCUAUGGAAACAGAUGAAAUAAAAGCCUGUUGGUUUGUUUUGAAGCUGAUUUUCAUGGAUGAAAAGUUUCCAGAUUUGUGUGGAAACUUUAAAUGGCCGCUUUGCUUUGUUGUUUCUCGCUAAGAUAAUCCUAAAUCUCCCAGCAUGCCUCCUGCCCCCCGCCCCCACGCGCCGCCGCGCGCCAUUAAAGCGGAGCUACAAAGCGCCGUUUGGAGGCGUUGGUGGUCUGCGGCCCCCCGGGGCCCGGCUUCCUGAUCUGAGGCGUCUGAUCAGGCGGGCCGUUGUCACGGCGAUUACCGCUCUGAGCUGCUUUCAGCCUCAUUUCACAUAAUAAGAGCAGCGGCCAUGUUGGCUCACUGCCUCAGAGAUCGGCUUUAUUGAUCCUUAAUGAUCGGCUUCAUUGAUCCUUAAUGAUCGGCAUCAUUGAUCCUGAAUGAUCGGCUUCAUUGAUCAUUAAUGAUCAGCUUUAGCCUUCAGUAAAUCUGCUGAUCUGAACUCUGACUCCACACAGUAACUCUCCUCGUGACCUUUGACCUGCUAACUGAGUCUGUCUCUGAGCUUCACUGGGAGGCUUUCCUGUCUGGUUUGGAGAUGACCUUUGACCCCUCCCAGGUUGAUGAACAACAGUUGCUUCCUCUAAGCUUCUGAUUAUGAGGCAGACAGGCUCUGUUAAAACUAGAAUGUGAUGCGUCAUGUGUUGCUAGGCAGAUUUAACUUUAGAUAGUUAUUAGAUACCAGUGGUGGCUAUCGCUAACUGCUAGCCCUACGGCACUAGUCAUAAACAUUAGCUCUGCUGAUACGCUAUGCUACAUGGUAUUUAGCUGAAGCUAAUGCUAUAGCGUUAUACCAACACAGUAUUUCCUAAAAGCUAAUGCUAAAGCUAAAGCACAAUACCAACAUGGUAUUUAGCUGAAGCUAAUGCUAUUGCGCUAACCCUUGAGCACUAAUUUACUGUUGAUGUUAAAAUUCAUAUGUCCUACAAGUUUUUGAAAACAAAUAAGUGUAGCGAAAACCUGUUCAUACAUAACAAAGGACUUUAUGUCUUUAUUAGACAAAAAGACAAAACCUGAAUUAUAAACAGGCUUCACCACUUCAAAAUAAAAGCAUGAAUUUGAACGUUAGAAGAUUUCUGAACAGUUUAUAACCAAACCUUCAACUAAAACUUUACAAAACAGCC